ACAGAAUCUAGGUGAUAAAUCUGAGAUUAUGAGUCAGUACGGAUCCGUAGAAUAUUGGAACGAACGAUAUACAAAGUAAGGUUCUUUGUUCUUGAAAACUAAGCAAACUAGAGAUAGUAGUGGUUUUGAAUGGUACAACCAAUAUUCGUCGUUUAAAGAUCAUAUUUUGAAAUAUAUGAAGAAGGAAGAUAAGAUUCUCGUUUUGGGUUGUGGUGAUUCGAAUCUGUCGGAGGAUUUGUACAGGGACGGAUUUAAUGAUAUCACGAGUAACGAUUACAGUUCAGUUGUUAUCAACAAGAUGAAAGAAAAAUGCGUAGAAAAAACCGGAAUGAAAUGGGAUGUCAUGGAUGUUCAUCAUAUGACGUAUGAGGAUGAAUCUUUUGAUGUAAUUUUGGAUAAGGGUACUUUGGAUGCGAUUAUUUGUGGUGAUGAAUCAAGCUCGAACCCGGAGCAAGCUCUUUUGGAAGUGAAUCGUGUACUAAAGAAAAAUGGAGUGUAUAUAUGCAUCUCUUAUGGAAUGCCUGAAUAUCGCUUGGACUAUUUCCAGUCGUCAUCGCUAAAAUGGAAGGUCGUUCAUAUAUCUCUCCGUAUUCUUUGUUUUGUGUUGAGUUAUUCUUGUAGCCAAAUCUUCCUCCUCUACACAGUCUUCCCAGACGGGUACCGAGUAUUGUCAUCACAUUUAUAUCUGUCGUAA